AUUUAUGUAGAAUAUUUAUUUCCUUCUAAAGCAAAUAGUUGCCAUCAUUAAUGGUUUCCACGAAAGCUCCAGUUCAUCUAUUCUUCUUUUGAAAUGUUUUAUGGUUUACUUCUUUUACAAGGCCAUAUACUCCCUUUUGAUACGUGAAAUCUCACCAGUCUUCAUUCUCUCCCAAUCGCCUCUAAACAAGUUUGCCUUAUAUUACGAUCAAAGGGCCCCACUUGCUCAUAACUUUCAAACAAAAUAAUAAUAAUAAUCAAAUACAUAUUCAACUUCUUGAUUUCUCCCCAAUCCCGUUCCAGAUCUGAUCCAAUCCGAUGAAUUAACCCAAUUCACUUCUGGGUUUUUCUCAUCAAACAUCGGAUCGAAAAACCCAUCAACCAAUUGAGAUAUCUCUACGGAUCCCAACUUGUACGCUUACAAUAUGGGUGUGCAAGAAAAUGGGAGUGGGGAUGUUGGUCUUUCUAACGUUCCUCUUGGGUCGAAAAACAAGUACAGAAGAAUGGAUUCUGAGCUGAAUGAUUACAGUGAUGAUGAUUUGGAAGUUGUACCGUACAAGCAGACACAGCAGGAAAGGAGCUCAAGUACGAGGAAGUAUGUGUUUGCGUGUGCUGUCUUUGCAUCUCUCAACAAUGUUCUUCUUGGUUAUGAUGUGGGUGUUAUGAGUGGAGCAAUUAUAUUCAUCCAAGAAGAUCUAAAGAUCACCGAGUUUCAAGAAGAAAUACUCGUCGGAAUCUUGAGUGUCAUCUCGCUUUUGGGUAGUCUAGGGGGCGGCCGGGCCUCAGAUGCCCUCGGUCGAAAAUGGACAAUGGGAAUAGCUGCAAUUGUGUUUCAACUUGGUGCACUUAUAAUGACAUUAGCUCCCAGCUUCCAGGUUCUCAUGAUCGGUCGUCUUCUGGCGGGUGUCGGGAUUGGCUUUGGUGUCAUGAUCGCUCCGGUCUAUAUCGCGGAGAUCUCGCCCACGAUAUCUCGGGGAUCCUUCACUUCAUUUCCUGAAAUAUUUAUAAAUCUUGGCAUUUUGUUAGGGUAUGUGUCGAAUUAUGCGUUUUCGGGCUUUGAUGCACACAUAAACUGGCGAAUAAUGCUCGCGGUCGGGAUCCUUCCAUCCGUGUUUAUAGCGUUUGCCUUGUGCAUCAUCCCGGAAUCUCCUAGAUGGCUUGUGAUGCAAAACAGAAUCGAUGAAGCGAGAUCUGUGUUGCUGAAAACGAUUGAUGUUGAAGCUGAGGUCGAGGAGAGACUGUCCGAAAUUCUGAAGGCUGCUGGAAUAGGAACCGAAGCCGGAGAGACUCAAGAAGAGAAAGCUGUUUGGAGGGAGUUACUGAAUCCAUCUCCUUCACUAAGAAGAAUGCUGAUCACCGGAUUCGGAAUCCAAUGUUUCCAACAAAUCACUGGAAUCGACGCGACUGUAUACUACAGUCCCGAGAUUCUCCAGACCGCGGGAAUUGAAGAAAAGUCAAGACUCUUGGCUGCAACAGUGGCUGUUGGGGUGACGAAAACCGCAUUUAUUUUGGUAGCGAUUUUGCUAAUCGAUAAAGUCGGGAGAAAACCAUUACUGUACGUGAGCACAAUCGGAAUGACCGUUUGUUUAUGUGGGUUGGCCAUCAGUCUAUCGGUUUUCAAAGGAUCAUCUCUCGGGAUAGCAUUGGCGAUUCUGUCAAUAUGUGGGAAUGUAGCCUUCUUUUCAAUAGGAAUCGGGCCGGUUUGUUGGGUUAUCACAUCGGAAAUCUUUCCAUUACGCCUUCGGGCUCAAGCAUCGGCAUUGGGGGCAGUAGGGAACAGGGUAUGCAGUGGAGUGGUGGCAAUGUCAUUCCUAUCCGUUUCUCGAGCGAUUUCAAUGGCUGGGACCUUUUUCAUUUUCACGGUGAUCUCCGGGGUUUCGGUUGCUUUCGUUUACAAGCUGGUACCAGAGACGAAAGGGAAGUCGUUGGAACAAAUUGAGUUGCUGUUCCAAAAGGAUCGGAACUGGCAAGAAGAGGAAGUUGAGAUGUCGGAUACUCAACAGUUGGUGCAGCAGAAAAACGCGUCGGUUGACAUUUGAGAAAGUAAAAUGUUAUUGCCACUUUUAGAAAGUUUUACAUGUAGCAAUGAAUUAUAUACUAUAUGCAUAUAUAGGGAGUUCAAAGUUGUAUAUUGAUGGUCAUGGUCACCUGUUUUUUAUUAGUGUUUGUAUUGAUGUCAUAAAAGACUUGAAAAAUACAUAUAUUUUUUGUCAUUGUUUGCUUUAUCUUACAAUUGAAAUUAUAAGA